GCUCUCCCACCACCACGCACACAGAGAAAGUAGUUGUUUGAAUAACGCGGGGCUGCGGGGCCUGGUCCAAGGCUGGAAACAUAACGGCAUGCCAGCAGAGCCUCGCACCACGCACCAGGCAGGACACCAGGUUAAACUCCCGAGGUUUGGUGUUGGGAAGACGGACGACAAUAAUAGUGGAAAAACAAAAAACAGAGCGAGGUGUUGUGUGGAAUCUGUUAUUUGUCAAGAUAUUUUACAAUUGGUGACUUAUUCAACUGGAGAAGUCAGUCCGUUUAGUGCUUUUCUUAGUUUAGUUAUAAUUUGUCAUUAAUUUAAUGUUAGUUCUCGCACAGUCGCACGCGUGAUCUAAAAAAACAUGACAGACGUAACCUCUCAACAACUUUGUUUUCGGCAUAUCUUCAUUCUGACAAAUUUUUUAGUUUGUCUUUUAUUAUUUAGGAGUGCUUUAGGAGCACCAGUUUCUGACCCAUCCUUAACGGAAUUGAUAAAAAGUCAGAAGUGUGUGUUUCCUCCAGCUAAUAUAAAUAUUCCACUAAAAUGCUCUAACUGGACACUGAACUCUCAAGUUGACAAUAUUGAGUUUGACUUGUGCGCUGCGUUGUUAGAUUCAACAAACCGGCUUUGUCAUCUUGUCACAAGAGACAAAAAAUUUGGCGAGCGAGUAACUAAUGCCUUGAAUAAUGAGGGCCUCCCAUCCCUAGUAUGUGAAGAAAUGAAUCUACUUGAUCCCAACACAACAAUGGUACAAGCAAAGAAAUUUUAUAAGAAAAUGAAACCCAAGUACUGCAGUUCAAUCUGCUGUGGCGUUGAUGAGGUUGAAACCUCUGUACGAGAACCAGUUUGUCGAUCCAUUCAGUUUGCUCAUCAACAAAUUCGAACAGCUAUUGCCCUUCAAAAAUCACUGAAUCUGCAAGAGCGCAAUAAGAAUGGAAGUCCGCCUGUAGCAAAUGCAGGAACUGUUCUUGAAAAGAAACCAGCAGCAGUCGAUGAGUCUCAAACAUCUGUUGACUCCGGGUUAUCUCAUAAACCUAGUAAGCAAGUUAAUCCAGAGGAAUCUGCACGAAGUGAUGCCAUGCAACCAAAGAUUGAUUCAUUGAAAGGCACAACCUCCACUCAAGUUGUGUCAGGUCCUGUGAGUCCUAAAGCUGCUUCUAAUAACACCAAACAGCCUCUCCCUGUACCUAAUGUUGCUGAAGUUGGACCACCUGUUCAUCACCAAGAAUCUGGGGCUGGAAGAAGUAAUGUUGAAAAAUCGGAACCCCCUCAACAAAAUCUGAAUAAGCCUGGAAUUUUCAAAGAGCAACCUGUGGAUAAAAAGAAUAAGCAAUUGGACUUAAAUGGUGCGCAAGGGGAUGUAUUAGGGAACAGCCCUGCUGAAACUGAAAGUGAAGGUCAACUUGAAGCGCAACCUGACCCCCAGGCUGACCCCCAGACUGACCCCCAGGCUGAUCUUCAGCCUGCUGAUCCCCAGCCUGCUGAUCCCCAGCCUGCUGAUCCCCAGCCUGCUGAUCCCCAAGUUGAUGCCCAAGCUGAUGCUCAAACUUUUGCUCAGGGUGAAGCUCCCGCUGAAGAUCCCCCAGAAGUUCCUGGUGAAACACAAGGAGAGCCUCAGAGCCCUUCUCUCACAGACAAUGAUGAUGGAGCUGAUGAGAAUAUGAGGCAAUUUGAAGAUGAUGAUGAAAUUGGUCCUAAAGUGCAGGAUACAAACAAAGAUUUUGCUGAGAAAUCUCCAAUUGUUAUUAAAAAAUCUUCUGAAAGUAAUGCACUUUUGCCCUCAUCACAACAAAAAAAUUCCCAAGGCCGAAUGACAGGAGGUUUAAAUUUUGAAGAAGCUGAAGACUCACAUUUCUUUGCAUACUUCAUGACUUUGUCAGCUCUAUGUAUUCUUGGUUAUCUUGUUUACCACAACAAGCGAAAGAUUAUUGCCAUGGCUGUGGAAGGGAAGAAAGGAAGAAACUCUGGGAGACGUCGCCCAAAUUCAGCAAGUUACCACAAGCUAGACAGUAAUCUUGAAGAAGCAAUGUCUUCUAACUUAGGGUCCACUAAUUCUUAUGUUAUAUAUUAAUACCUUGAUUUAAAGUGAACUGUGAUUUUAAUUUUUAGCAUAGACUCUUUAAUAUAGUCAUCUUAGGGUGUGCAUAAGUAUCAGCCUGUGAUUAGUAUUAAUCAAGAAAAACUUUUUGUGGAAUUUGUCUUUUACUUAUCACUUAAUUUACCCAAUGCAGUUGUUACUGUAUUUGGUAUUACAAAGGUUUAGACAACCCACCGUUCAUGGCAGUAAAAGCAAAGCAAAAUUGGUAAGGAAUUAGUGGCUUCUUGAUGUAUGUGUUAUGAUUUGAGCUAGGUAUUUGGACAAGCCUAGGCAUAGGAUUGACCAGACGAAUUUGGUAAUCUUAGUUGUAGCCUGACUGCUCUUAGAUUCUGCCAGUUGGGUUUAGCUGACCCUCUGGUUAAUAACUAAAAUGCAUCAGAACUGAUAAAAUAUGAUCCUUGGUUUUUUCUAUGAAAAAAAAAGAACAAAAGUAAAACAGAAAUGGAAGAAAGAGAAAGAAACUUAGAUAAAUAAACAAACAAUACUGCUCACUGCGUCAGUUAUGUUGCACUUCUAGUUUUAACCAUAGUGUCAGCUACGCCCAACUUGCUAACCUGGGAACAGAGGCAAGUUAAAAUAGGUCCAACCAGAGUAGAAUUAGCAAAUUAGCCUGAUCAAUUCUAGUUUUAGCUGUGGACCUCUCUCAAACCAAUGCAUGCAUUUCUACCGGAAAAAAGAAUGUGCUAUAACAAUUAUGUACUAAAAUAUUUUGUGAUAUCUAAUUUUUUUUUUUUUAUAUAUAUAAACUUUCAUACAAAUCAAAUAUGCUGUAAGACGAAGGAGUCAUAUCCACUUUUCUAAAUGGAAAACAUGCCAAUAAAUUCUGGUGCACAACUCUCUUGGUUCUGGGAAAUAUGCUAUGUAUUGCUUCUUUGUAUGAUGUAUGUAGCCUUUCUUAAUUUAAUUGACUCGCAAAUGAUGUCAAAAUAGCAUUUACACCACAGAUACAAAAGGAGGUGCUUGUGUUGUUUUUAGUAUCUUUGUCAAAGACUGAUAGUGAACCCUGGCCAUGGUUAUCAAGGUAAUGGAUCAUUAAUGUGCAUAUAGCUCUAAAAGGUAUUGUUUUCUUUGUGGUGGUGAGCCUUUGUUUCCUUUUCUUCAUUUCCUUUUCUUUCUAUUUUCCUUUUUUUUUAUGAGGAGAGGGGGGGAGCUUAUAUCUGUUAAUCUACUUUGUCAAAUAAUUGCAUUUCCAUUAGUGCUUGAAGGGAUCGCAUUGUCUUUUGGUAGAUCCUCUUAGAGCACUAGUGUAAACUACAAGAUGUGUGGAAAUAUUUAGUUUGGCUCAAGAGGAUUGAGAGUAAAAAUAUGAUUGUGGAGUAUGGCUAAGGAAAGAUGCCAGUGACUUAAGUUGCAGAAAUCAUUGCAAAACUAUAUGCAGUGUGCUGCUUAAAUUUUGUAAACUAAAUUGAGGCUUGGCGCCAAAGGCAGAGUUUUAUUCCUCAGCUAAGUCCUCCUCCCUCUCAUUAAAUUUUAUUAAUGACAAAAAUUUUUGUUUUAUCUUAGUAUUCAAAGUAGAGUUGGUAAUAACACAUGGACUAAAAUUUUCUGAUAAAUUUUCUGAAUGAGUAAGUCCCAGCUUGCGUAGCUGACAUGGUAUGCCCGUGGUGUAAGUUUCUAAGAUGGGAUGAGAGCGAAGCGAGUUGUGGGUAGGUGGGAGGGUCUUUCUUUCUGUGAUAGGCUUCUUUCUGUGAAGCCUACACCUUGUUAGAUUUCACCGACCAGCUGGCUUUGCAACACAAAUGCAGGCUGCCAUACCCAUUCAAACUGAAGGGAAACUUAAAAAAGAAUUAGAAGUCAAAUUUUAAAAAUUAGUUUCAAGGUCAAACUUUUCCUAAAACAUACUUCUAAAUUUGGUGUCCCUAGGAGGCUACCCAUUGGAACUAUCACGAAAACUUGGUCCAGACCUUCCCUUUGGUACAAAAUGAUUUUAGUAUCAGUUAUGUAUAUACGUGCUGUAAUAUGUUGCCAUUAAAAUACAUACCUAAGUAAAUUUAAAA